AUGAGCUGCACGAAGCAGCGUCCACUCUGCGCAGAGGAAGCACACAGCACGACAACGCUGCAAGGCGGCAGCCAGGAAACGGUUUCGACGAUCAUUAAGCAAUCGCCAACAUCGCCGCAGCAACAACAACAGCAGCAGCAGCGGUUGAGUGGAAUUGCAGGUCUGCAAGUGGAUGAAGUGCUCUAUGCGCAGCAGCAGCAGCAACAACAGCAGCAGCAGCAGGCCACACAGCGGCAACAUCAACAGCAGCAACAUCAACAGCAACAACAGCAACUUGUUACUUACCAGGACCGUCCACCGCCGCCGCCCUACAACGUGUGCAGCAAACAGCCACCGCCACACCAUCAGCAACAGUUCGAUGAGGAGCAACAACAUCAGCAACAUCAACAGCAGCAGCAGCAACAAUUGAAUACCUAUGAACAGUUUUUGAAACUGUCGGCACAGGAAUACACGCAAUUGAAUGCAGCUGCCGAGAGUGCGGCGCUCAACUUGAGCAGCAUUGGCGUUGGCAAAUCUGUCGAGGAAGAUGGCACCGUCGAAUCAUCGUCAACAGCAACAACAGCAACAACAACUCACGAGCUGCGCAUGCUGCGGCAGGCGAAUGUGGCUGCUGCCAUGGCUGUGGUUGCUAAUGUGGCUGCCAAUGCGAAUGUUGAGCCCGUCAAUGACACCGAUUGCGAGCCGUAG